AUGGUGAAGGGACGGCAGGGCCAGCGAGUCAGGAUGUACGUGCGGGGCACGAUCCUGGGCUACAAGCGCUCCAAGUCGAACCAGUACGAGCACACGUCGCUGCUGCAGAUCGAGGGCGUCAGCACCAAGGAGGACGUGGCGUGGUACGGCGGCAAGCGGAUCGCCUACGUGUACAAGGCCAAGACCAAGAGCGACGGCACCGCCGUCCGCUGCAUCUGGGGCAAGGUCACGCGCCCGCACGGCAACUCCGGCGUCGUCCGCGCCAAGUUCCGGUCCAACCUCCCGCCCAGCUCCAUGGGUAAGAAGGUCCGCGUGUUCAUGUACCCCAGCAGUGUUUGA